UGAGCGUUUUAUUAUUAUUCCCCUCUCUCUGGGUGUUGUUAAAGUAGGCAAAGCAAAGCAAGUGGUAAUCAAACAAAGCACUUCUCUCAACCUUCCAGAUCAAAAAUACCAACCAAAUCUUUUUCUUGAAACCUCAAGAAUCUCUCUCUUUCUGCAAACUCAACAACCAUCAUCAGAGAUAGUUUCGAUAUGGAGGCUACACAGAAACAUAUGAUUCAAGAUGGAUCUUCAAUGUUUUACCAUCCGCCAUCUUCAGUUAAGCAAAUGGAUCUUUCUGUUCAGACAUUUGAUUCUUACUGCACACUUGAAUCCUCUUCAGGCACCAAGUCUCAUCCUUGUCUUAACAUGAACAACAACAACAACAACAACAACAAUUCUUCUUCAACCACAAGCUUUUCUUCCAAUGAAAGUCCCAUUUCACAAGCUAACAACAACAACUCAUCCCGGUUUACUCAUUCCCCUGAAGACAACAAUAACUCUCCUUUAAGCGGAUCUUCUGCGACAAACAACAACGAGACAGAGCUUAGUCUCAUGCUUAAAGAUUUGGAGACUGCAAUGAUGGAGCCUGAUUUAGACAACAGCUUUAACCAUCAAGGCGGAUUUGGACAGCAACAUAGAGUUGUUUCUUCUGCUAUGUAUAGAUCUAUGGAGAUGAUCUCUAGGGGAGAUUUAAAAGGAGUGCUCUAUGAAUGCGCUAUGGCCGUUGAAAGCUAUGAUUUGGAAUUGACUGAUUGGUUGAUUUCUCAGUUACAGCAAAUGGUUUCUGUUUCUGGUGAGCCUGUUCAGCGUUUAGGAGCUUAUAUGCUUGAAGGCCUAGUUGCUCGGUUAGCAUCUUCUGGUAGCUCUAUCUAUAAAGCUUUGAGAUGCAAAGACCCGACAGGUCCUGAGCUUCUUACUUAUAUGCAUAUCUUGUAUGAAGCCUGCCCUUAUUUCAAAUUCGGGUACGAGUCUGCAAAUGGAGCUAUAGCUGAAGCUGUGAAGAACGAGAGUUUUGUGCACAUUAUCGAUUUCCAGAUUUCUCAGGGAGGUCAGUGGGUGAGUUUGAUCCGUGCUCUCGGUGCUCGACCUGGUGGACCUCCUAAAGUUAGGAUCACGGGUAUUGAUGAUCCAAGAUCAUCGUUUGCUCGACAAGGAGGUCUUGAAUUAGUCGGACAGAGACUCGGGAAGCUAGCUGAAAUGUGUGGUGUGCCAUUUGAGUUNUUGAAUCCUCUUCAGGCACCAAGUCUCAUCCUUGUCUUAACAUGA